AUGGCCAUCCCCGUGGUGGACUUCGGCGCGUGCAGCCUGGCGCAGGAGCGCGCGGAGGAGCGCGUGGAGGGCGAGCAGCUGCGCGCGCUGAGCGAGGAGCUGAGAGCGGCUUUUACGCAGGUUGGAUUCGUCUUCCUGAAGAACUCUGGCAUCACUCAGGAUGAGGUGGAGCGCGUCAUGGACAUGUCCAGACGAUUCUUCCUGCUCCCAGAAGAGCUGAAAAAGCCUUUCAGCAGGGGGAGUUUCGCCAACAACCUGAACCACGGCUGGGUCUCGCUGGAGGCUGAGAGGUUGAAUCCGAGUCGACCCGGAGAUCUGAAGGAGUCGUUCAACACUUCUUCAUUUCACCCUGACAUAGUAACAAUUCUUUUCCUCUCUACUGACUUUACAAAGGCUGAGGUGCCAGAUCAACACAGUCUGAACUCUGGCUCCAUGGCUCCUCUUUCUGUGCAGCUGUGGCCCUGCUCCGGCUCCCUGGCCGGGUUCCAGGAGACCCACGCCUCGUUCUUCCAGCGCUGCAGGGAGCUGAGCCUGCGCGUGCUGAGGCUGCUGGCCCACGGUCUGGGUCUGGAGCCGGACCUGUUCCUGAGGGCGCACGGCCUGAUAGGCAGUGACCAGAACGGGAGCACGCUGCGCUCCCUGUACUACCCCCCGGUCAGCCGGCGGCCGGUGAAGGAGGGCCAGCUGCGCUGUGGCGAGCACUCGGACUACGGCAGCAUCACCCUGCUGUUCCAGAGCUGCGACGGGCUGCAGGUCUGUAAUCAUUCCGGGGAGUUCAUCUCUGCUCCCACCAUCCCCGGAGCCGUCCUGGUCAACAUCGCUGACCUGAUGCAGCGCUGGACCAGCGACCGGCUCGUUUCCGUGCGUCACAGAGUUCUGCUGCCCCCCGCCGGGGACGCCGGCACACGCCAGGCCCUGGCCUUCUUCGUCCAGCCGGACGACCAGGCCCUGGUCAGCUGCUGCGACGGCUCCAGCAAAUACCCCCCCGUGAAGGCUGGCGCCUACCUCAGCGAGCGCUUCCGGGAGUCGUACGGCCAGAGCUGA